AUGUACAGAGAGCACGGUCUGGUCCUCUACGCUUGGCGGAAAACUGACACAACUGACCCAGAAUUCGUGGAGCGUCGACGCGCUGGUCUCGAGAAUUUCCUACUGCGUGUGGCGUCACACCCUCGGUUGUGCUUCGACGACCAAUUCAUCAAUUUCUUACAACAAGAACAUGGAUGGCGGGAAACCAUUACUGAUAGCGGAUAUUUAUUGCAAGCUGAAAACAAACUUAAAUCAUUGUCCGUAUCGAUCAGAUUGAAAAAACCUGAUCCUGAAAUUGAGAGCGUCAAAAACUAUGGCAAGCAACUAGAAACUAACUUAGGCAACUUUCUAUAUACGAGAUCUAAAAUAAUAGAGAAGAAUUAUGCGCUUUGUAAACUGCACGCGAACUAUGGGAAACUAUUCAGCGAGUGGAGCGUCAUCGAGAAGGAGAUGGGGGAUGGACUACAGAAAGCGGGACACUAUUUUGACUCAAUAGCAGACAGCAUAGACUCCGUAGCCGAGGACGAGGAGCAGCUGGCAGAUCAACUGAAGGAAUAUUUAUUCUACGCGGGGGCGUUGCAACAAUUAUGCAGUAACCACGAAAGUUUGCAGCGAGCCUUGGAGAACGCACAGGACACGUUGGCUAACAGGCUAGCGGAACGCAGUCGCGCUGCUCUUGGCAAAUCCGGGCUGAUGUCGCGUCUGUUCGGGACCACGGACCCCGACAUCGUACGCGACCAGACCACGCGAGCCCUCGACGCCAAGAUCCUCGCUGACCGGGAAGCCAUCGAAAGGGCCAGCAAGGACUUGCAAGAAUUCACGAAGAAGGCGCUAGUAGAAAUAGAAUAUUUUCAAAAACAAAAAGACAAAGACCUUCACGAGUCUCUAGUUGGAUUCAUCACGUUACAAGUUAAAGCUGCUAAAAAGAAUCUCCAAGCGUGGUCGCAAAUAAAAGAAUGCCUUCAGAACAUGCCCUGAAGCUCUCACUACGCUGGUCACACUGAACUGUACAGGUUAUUUAUUACCACAUUAGAUUAUUGUUUUCAUUACGAGAAGAAAAACUUAGAUUUUGUAGUAAAAUAAUUAUAUUUGCAGCAGCUCAUCACGUGUAUUAUCAUCAACAUGAUGUAACUUAAUCGAUUACUUUUCUAAGUUCCCGAAGUUUAUGAUACAAAUUUUUAUCUAGAACUUGAAAAUUUGAUAACCUAAUAUUGUAGUAUUUAAAAAAAAUAUAUUGUUAUUCGAUAGAGCGUAAAAUUGUGCCUUCAAUAAUAAUCAAUUCACUCCACAAAUCACUGGAAUUACAUAUUUGUUCAUCAUACUAAACUGGACUGGAAAUAUCCAUUUCAAUUCCACAACUUCGCUAGAGACUUGCCACGCCACGGUUACUAAUCACAGUAAAGGUAAUCACUCAUGUCCCGCUACAGCACCAGACCAGCAGAAAAAAAUUAAGAAAACUGGAAAACAGACUUACGCACGACGCGUCAUACACUCUGCAUAUCGUCCUUAAAAUAUGUUGUAUGUCACAUAUCUUUCGGUCUAUUUUUCUAUAUUCCAAAUUGUGGCGAGGCGCUGCUGGUCCGGUGCUGAGAUAUUAAAUAGACGAUACAUUCAAAAUACCCUUCACAAAGGCACACAGCGUAAGAUAUUCUCCAAUGUAUACCCAGUGCAUGGCGCAUACGUGUUAUAAAUGUGACGUCAACGUGAUAAAUACAUGCAAAGAACGAUUGCUUAUUAAUUAAGGCCCUUGUAACGCCUCGGCAGUUAGACCACACAGCCUCGCCUUAACUUACUGCUAGCCGGGUACCGAGGCAUUAAAUGGGUGUUAAACUUUGACAGACACACUGAGGCACUGCAUGGCGUUUUCUGGAUAUAUUCCUUUCUAUGACACCAGCGGGAAAGAUGGCAAUUGUUAUGCUACUAUAGCCGCAGACGACAGUGAGUUGACCAUGUCGGAGGUCCUUUUGGACUUCUCGCGCAUUUUGUUCCGCAUGCGUAUUUAUGUGUAUUACUGUCAGUCAAGAACA